AUGUCGUUGCCGAGUUCUGUUGCCAGAGUAUAUAGAGUUGCCUCCUAUCUUCCUGUUGGUUAUAAGGGGAAGAAUGCGACUAAAAGCGAAAGACAAAGCCCAAAUUUAGGAGCUUCUGUGUUCAAUGGCCGAUGGCUCGUGGCGAGCGUCAUCAAUCCGCUCGACGAUGGAUCCAGUAGGGCCGGUUAUAUUCUUGAUCUCAUGUCCACGUCGGAUGCCAUCACGAAAGAUGGCUCGGAAGCCUUGAAAUAA